AUGGUAUCUGGGUGGCCUGCCACGCAAACAGCGCACGGCACCCAGCCUGCAGCUGCAGGCUAUACACAUAAUCCUGCAUUUAUUCCCGUUCAGGUUCGACAAGGAUUCGCACAAUAUAUCCCUCCCCCUCCUACCGCAUACCAGCCAGUGCCGCCUGCUGCAACGUCUGCAAUGUCACCUCCCGGGGCCCCAGCUCCCGAGACCCAGUCGAAAGCGAAGACUGAAUGGCCGGAAUCUGUUAGAAGAUAUGUCCAGCGAUCUUUCCUUCCCGAAAAUGACGAUGCCUCUGUGACCCGCGCCGAGUUGGAGGCGAAGCUGAAGAUUACUAUUGGAACUGCCAAGGACAAUGGCUCACUGCACACGCUUGACUGGGAUAAGAUGCCAUUACCGCAAGUGCUUGUCAAAGCCGACCGCGCAGCGAAACUAGGAAAUCCACUGUACAGCGUCGAAAACACGAGAAAGCGAAAAUCGACGGAAUUUGCGAGCGAAGCCGUCGCAAAAGCCCCGUGGAACACUGCUAAGGACCGUAAUUCACUGGUGGCUCGAACGACGUACUCGUAUGACAAACAAGGGGACGUGGACAGCAGCGCAAAGUCCAGUAAGUUCCAAAAGGACGCGAGCAAGCGCAAGCGGCGCUUCGAGAACGAGUACAAAGCCGCAAAUAUCACACCGACGGAGAGCAGCCUGUCGUCAGGGCCCAUCGUGGGCACUAGUGAGGUGUUGGAGAAGAGAUAUCUACGGCUAACUGCCCCUCCUAUUCCGUCUAACGUUCGGCCCGAACCUAUUCUGCGCCAAACACUGGACUUACUGAAGAAGAAGUGGAGGAAAGAGGGCAACUACUCUUAUGUGUGCGAUCAGUUUAAGUCGAUGCGCCAAGAUUUGACUGUGCAGCACAUAAAAAACGACUUUACAGUGUCGGUCUAUGAAAUUCACGCCAGAAUCGCGCUUGAGAAGGGGGAUAUCGGUGAGUAUAAUCAGUGCCAGACCCAGCUGCGUUCUUUAUAUGAGCUGGGCCUGAAAGGAAACCCCGUGGAAUUCAAAGCGUACCGUAUUUUAUAUUUUAUUCACACAGCCAACCGGACUGGAUUGAACGACACGAUGGCAGAUCUAACCGCAGCAGAGAAGGAAGAGGGCCCGAUCAAGCAUGCUUUGAGCGUGCGAUCGGCAUUGGCUUUGGGGAAUUAUCACAGAUUCUUCCAGCUAUACCUCGACACACCCAACAUGGGAGCAUAUCUGAUGGAUAUGUUUGUGGUCAGAGAACGCCUAGCAGCAUUGUGUAAUAUGUGCAGAGCGUACAAACCGGAUGUCAAGCUCCGAUUCAUCACCGAAGAGCUUGGCUUCGAAUCGGACGCGGAUGCAGCCCAAUUCAUCAUUGACCACCAAGGUCAGGAAUUGCUUGAAGAUCGGUCCGACAAUAUCGUAUUCUUGACGGGCAAAGCGGGCAACCUCUUUGAGGGCACCCGCGCUUUGGCCUUUAGAAGCGUCGAUAUCAAGGGUCAGAUCUGA